AACAAGCGUGUGAGCGACCUGGAGUGGUUCAAGCGCAUGAGGACGUAAUUUUGGAGGAAGCAUGUCGGUGUCUGCUCUAAUCCCGAGGUCGGCUUUUGGUUUCGCCGCUGCAGGAGCUGGACUAUGUUUCCUGGGUUACUGCGCAUAUUUUGACUACAAAAGAAGGAGUGACCCAAACUUUAAAGAAAAAUUACGAGAAAGGCGAAGGACAGUAAAACUGUCAAACAGUAAAAAGACAGGAAAGGCCCCGUCGAUCAACAGCGGCAGCUAUGAAGAUCUUCAGAAGUUUUUCCUCCAGGAAGUCCAAAUGGGUGAAGAGCUUUUGGCAUCAGGAGAUAUUGAGGGAGGAGUUGAACACUUGAGCAGCGCUGUGGCCGUGUGUGGACAACCACAACAACUUCUACAAGUGUUACAAUCCACGCUGCCUCCUCAGGUGUUCCAGAUGCUUGUACAGAAACUUCCCGUCGCUGGCCAGCGAGUGUCCAUGUCGUCGGCUCCGAUGGGAAUGGGAAUGCCUGAUAUGACCAUUGCUGAGGAUGUGGAAUAAAGAUUAGGGGGUAGGGGUGAGAGGGUUGGGAUGUCGUCUGUUGUCAUGGGAUACCAAGACAUAUACAUUUACAUUCAUCAGUAGACAGAAACUGUUAGGAACAUUAACAGGGAUCAUUCCCAGUCUUCUCAAAUUAGACAAUGUCAUAUGGUCAUUUUAUUACACGGGACUGCAGACUUUGUCACGGCCCUUUUAUGAGGACCUAUCACUUAUAAUAGGGCUGCUACUAAAGGCCACUUCCAGCAUAACAGACUUGUACCAAUAACAAACCUGGGCAUGUUGUUGCUGAAACACAGCAAGUUUGACAUUUAGUGAGAUUCAUUCCUAGUUUUGUUGUACAUCAAACUCAUCGACUUUGGAUGCUCAACAGUUUGUCCUAGUUUGACAUUGAAAUUGUUUUGUUCAUUUGUGAGAGAAAUGCACAACACAAACAAAUGUAUUCAUACAUUUGGUGGUGACCAAAAGGUGGCAUUUUAUGUUUGAAUAAAAAUGUGAUAUUUUUGAAAAUUGUGAA